AUUUGAAAAUCUUGUUGUAUCUGUACAGGCAAUUUAUGCCAAAAAAAACCCAAAAUGAACAUCAAAUUUCAGCACCGUUUUUUGUGUGUGCUAACAGGCAUCAAAUACUGUAUCAUCACCCCAUAGACAACCUAGACUGGCAAUAUGCAUUAACCUUUUUUGUUGAUUUAGAACUACAUGUCCCAGAAUGAAUUGGGAAUGACCGUGAGCUUCCGGGUCCAAGGUUGAAGUUGAAAUUGUGAGGUCAUCGUGUCCUUUCCAAUCCAGCACCACACGUGUGUAUUGUAGUCCUAGGCUGGUCUUCUGCGGAGAGACGAAUCAAGAAGUGGGAUAAGAACGUCUGGAGUUGAAGUGAAGAUGUUUAAGUCCAUUUCACGUGCCGUUAGCAUUGCUACACGUCUGACAAAUAAGACAUCUACAGCGUCUGCUACACGCACGGUAGAGCCACUCGUCAGAUCCGCAUUAUGUGUCCCCAGCUCGGCACCUAUCCGGCCUUUCACCCGGUCUAUCUGGAUGAUGUGCAAUAAUGGAGCGGCGUCAGGGUACAGACCAAGACUUUUCACGUCCAAAGGUGUUCUGCCGACAGUGUCGUGUGGAUGCGGUGGCCUUCAUACGGAAGGUGACAAAGCUUUCGGAGAAUUUCUGAACGACGAAAUAAAGGAAGAGAAGAAGAUUCAGAAAGGCAAGACACUUCCCAAGAUGUCUGGUGGAUGGGAGCUGGAGUUGAAUGGCACAGAAGCUAAACUUAUUAAAUCCAUUUCUGGAGACAAAGUGACUGUCACAUUCAAUGUUAACAACAGCAUCCCACCCAGCGUGGAGGAAGAACCAGAGCAGGGGCAGAAACCAGCAGAGAACGAGCCUGAACUUGUAUCAUCCCCCAACUUUGUUGUGGAGGUGGUGAAAGGGGGGGCAAGCCAAGCCUUGGUGUUUGACUGUCACUUCCCUGAGGACGAGAUUGGCCAUGGUGAGGGUGAGGAGGAGAGUGAUAUCUUUGCCAUUCGGGAAGUCAGCUUUCAGUCGGCCGGGGACUCGGACUGGAAGGAGACAAGCUACACACUCAACACAGACUCCUUAGACUGGGCCCUGUAUGACCAUCUGAUGGACUUCCUGGCUGACCGCGGAGUAGACAACACCUUCGCCGAUGAGCUGAUGGAAUUCAGCACUGCCCUGGAGCACCAGGAGUACAUCAAGUUCCUGGAGGACCUGAACGGUUUCGUAAAGUGUAGCUAAAUGUGACAAAAGCCUUGUUUAGUUUCCCGUAUGGUACCCCAAUGUAAAGCCACCACCACCUCCCACCUCUAAUUAUUAUUGUGUAAAGAAGAACUAUGAAGACGUGUUAUUUUUAUUACAUUGAAUUUAUUAAAACUGUGACCCAUUUUUUUGUGGAAAACGA